ACUCUCACCCCCUAACCCUCUACCCUAAUCUGUGUCCUCCGCAAUAAAUAAUUUUAAAAAUAACUAAUACCUCAAACUAAAUAUUUAGUUAACAGUUACUAACCACAUUGAUGCCCUAAUGUCUCAAUUAAGUUGAUUCUCCCCCUUCUAUUCUGUUUUUCAAGGAGGGAAAAAAAACAAAAGCAAAAAACUCAUCUCUUUCGUAUCUCUUUGAGCCCUUGAAUAUGGUUGCUGCUGAAAGUGCCAUUGAAGCUAUUGUUGUUUUUCUUGAUUGAUGGAAAUCGAUUUUCUCACUGCACAUAUGCGUAAUCCACCGAUUUUUCGUGGUAUUUUUUCGACUCUUUAUCCAUUGCCUAGAAACCGUUUGAUAAUAUGCCGCAACGAACCUCAACACUGUAAUGUUGCACGAGUACAAGCAUGUAAUGCGUCACUUCACUUUAACUCUUUAUCAUGUAAUGCUGCACAUGUAGUUGGACAAAACUGCCCUGAAAAAACCCCACAAAUUCAAGAUUCUGUUGGGUUUUCUGCUUUACAAGCAGUUGAAGAAAGCUCAAAAUUUCAAGAUUCUGUUGGAAAAAAACAAACUUUUCAAGAUUCUGUUGGGUUUGCUGCUGCUCAAGUAGUUGAACAAAACCCAACUUUUCAGGAUUCUGUUGGGUGUACAGUUGAAAAAAAAACUUUUUUUGAAGAUUCUGUUGGGUUUGCUGAUGUACAAGCAGGUGCUGUUGGGUGUAAAGUUGAAAGCAAACCAAUUUUUCAAGAUUCUGUUGGAUUUGCAGCAGUACAAGCAGUUGGAAAAAGCCCAACUUAUCAAGAUUCUGUUGGGUCUAGGAGGUUGAGUAGUAAAGAGUUGAAAUAUGGUGCUAAGAAGAGUUUGGUUGAUUUGGGUGAAUUUCAAGAUUCUGUUGGGUUUGCUGAUUGCUCAUCAGUUGAAAAAAGCCCAAACUUUCAAGAUUCUGUUGGGUCUAGGAGGUUGUUUACUAAAGAGUUGAAAUAUGGUCGUAAGUGGUUAGUUGAAAAGGAUGAUGGUGGGUUUUUGAUGAAGGGCAAGAAAAGGGAGAUUAAAUGGUAUUCUGAAAUGCUGAAAGAUUAUGCUGGUAAGUUAUGUUUGAAGGAAGGUAAAGCUUUACAUGGUGAGAUGAUUAGGUGUGGGGUAGAACCAGAUUCUCAUUUAUGGGUUUCGUUGAUUAAUUUCUAUUCGAAAUGUGGGGAUUUAGUUUUUGCGAGGAAUGCGUUUGAUUUGAUUCCGACGAGAGAUGUUGUGUCAUGGACAGCAUUGAUAGCAGGUUUUAUAGCUCAAGGGUAUGGUAAUAAAGGGGUUUGUUUAUUUCGUGAUAUGAGGGGAGAAGGCAUUAGGCCUAACGAGUUUACUUUGGCUACGGUUUUAAAGGGUUGUUCAAUGUGUUUAGAUUUGGAGUUUGGAAAACAACUACAUGUUGAGGUUGUUAAAGGUGCAGCCUUUUCAGAUGUUUAUGUUGGUUCUGCUCUUGUUGAUUUGUAUGCUAAAUGCUGUGAAUUAGAAUCUGCUGUUAAAGUUUUCUUUUCCAUGCCGGAGCAGAAUUCAGUAUCGUGGAAUGUUUUACUUAAUGCGUAUGUGCAGGCUGGUCAAGGAGAGGAGGCUUUGAGAUUGUUUUCCAAGAUGUCAGAUUCAGAGCUGAGGUUUAGUAAUUACACCUUAUCUACUAUUUUAAAGGGCUGUGCUAGUUCAGUUAAUCUAAGAGCUGGUCAAGUUAUCCACUCAAUGUUGGUCAAAAUUGGCUCCGAAGUUGAUGAUUUUACAAGCUGUGGUCUUGUAGAUAUGUAUAAUAAAUGUGGUCUGCAAGAUGAUGCCUUGAAAGUGUUUUUAAGGACUAAAAAUCCUGACACUGUGGCAUGGACUGCAAUGAUCACUGGACUUGAUCAGCAUGGACAGAAGAGAGAAGCUAUUCAGCUUUUUUGCUUGAUGAGGCAGUCAGGUUUGAGGCCUAACCAAUUUACAUUAGCUAGUGUUGUUAGUGCAGCAGCUGAUUCAGUAGAUUUAAGUUGUUGCAAAAGUAUCCAUGCUUGUGUUUACAAAUUUGGUUUUGACUCUGAAGAGUCUGUAAGUAAUGCAUUGAUUGCAAUGUACAUGAAAUUUGGGUCAGUUUUAGAUGGGCAUCGUAUAUUUUCUUCUAUGAAUAAUAGGGAUAUAAUUUCGUGGAACUCCCUUUUGUCUGGAUUCCAUAAUAAUGAAACUUCUUAUGAAGGGCCUAAAAUCUUCAGGCAAUUGCUUGUAGAAGGUUUGAGGCCAAAUAUGUACACUCUGAUCAGCAAUCUGAGAUCUUGUGCAAGCCUCUUAGAUGCUAGUCUGGGGAAACAAGUGCAUGCCCAUGCAGUUAAAGCUAACCUUGGUGGCAAUAUAUAUGUCGGAACUUCUCUGGUUGAUAUGUAUGCCAAGUGUGGGCAGUUGGAUGAUGCAGAAAUGAUCUUUUACAGACUGAGUGAAAAAGACGUCUUCACUUGGACAGUGGUCAUUUCAGGUUAUGUGCAGUCUGAUCAAGGAGAAAAGGCUUUCCGAUGCUUCAAUCAGAUGCAAAGGGAAGCAAUUAAACCCAAUGAGUUCACUCUUUCUAGCUGUCUAAGAGGUUGUUCUCGUGUAGCAAGCCUAGACAAUGGGCAGCAGUUGCAUUCCAUGGCAAUGAAGUCUGGGCAGUUCAGUGAUAUGUAUGUAGCUAGUGCAUUAAUUGACAUGUAUGCCAAAUGUGGAUGUAUCAAAGAUGCUGAGUCUCUAUUUCAGAACAUGGCAUCCAGUGAUACAGUGCUGUGGAACACAAUUAUAUAUGCCUACUCCCAACAUGGCCUAGAUGAAAAAGCGUUGGAAACAUUUGGAACAAUGUUAAGUGAAGGCAUUCUGCCUGAUGGGAUUACCUUUAUUGCUGUCCUUUCUGCAUGCAGCCAUCUGGGCCUGGUCAAAGAAGGAAGGAGGCAUUUUGACUCAAUAAAAAAUGGCUUUGGUAUCACUCCUUCAAUUGAACACUAUGCUUGCAUGGUUGAUAUCCUUGGCCGUGCAGGCAAAUUUAAUGAAAUGGAACACUUCAUUGAGGGUAUGGAGCUUGCUCCUGAUGCCUUGAUAUGGGAGACUGUUCUUGGAGUCUGCAAGACUCAUGGAAAUGUGGGAUUGGCUGAGAAAGCUGCAACCGUACUUUUCAAAAUUGAUCCAAAAGCAGAGUCAAGUUAUAUAUUGUUGUCCAAUAUAUAUGCAGCAAAAGGCAGGUGGGCUGAUGUUUCGAAGGUUAGAGCACUAAUGUCCAGGCAUGGUGUCAAAAAGGAACCUGGUUGUAGCUGGCUUGAGAUUGAUAAUCAAGUUCAUGUCUUCUUAUCUCAGGAUGCUUCACAUCCUAGGUUAAAGGAUAUCCAUAAAAAGUUGGAGGAGCUGGCUUCGAGAAUUACUGCUGCAGGAUAUAUUCCAAACACAAACCAUGUGCUUCAUAAUGUCUCAGACAAAGAAAAGAUAGACAACCUUUCACAUCAUAGUGAAAGGCUAGCUCUAGCGUUUGCUCUCGUUAGCAGCAGUAAGAAUAAAACUGUCAGGAUCUUUAAAAAUCUUAGCAUCUGUGGAGAUUGCCAUGAGUUUAUGAAGUUGGCGUCAAUUGUAACAAACCGAGAAAUAGUUAUUCGUGAUAUUAAGCGCUUCCACCACUUCUCUCAUGGAACGUGCUCAUGUAAGGACUACUGGUGAUUAUUGACUGGCUGCCUCAUCAGGCAAGACUAUUCAUGUUCCACAGCUGCAACCGAUCAGUAGUGCUCAACUGAAGUUCUAAAUGCAAGUCAUGAUAUGUCAAUAUGAUUGUAUUACUCAGGUGGCAAGUAAUGAGAUACUCCUUUUUUGAGCCGAGAAUCUAUCAUGUACAGCCUCCUUACCUCGCAAAGGCCCCUUACGUCUCCGUACAUCAUACCCUCUCAGUUUCGUAAUGCAGGCUGGCCAUUCCAAUUCGUCGUAGGAAAUUGAAUUUUUCUUGUGUUUGUUGGCAGUAUCAAACUGUUUUAGUUAAGUUGUUUCCAUUUUUUUUUUCUUUCUUUUAACUUUUUAAGUGACCAAAGUUCCUUGAUGCAGAAAAAACUUUGAAAAAUUUUGUCUAGCAUAUCUUUACAUUUGCUCGCUUGAGUUUCUGCUAAGGUUAAUGUUUUCCUUGAAAGAUCUUUCUGAUUCAAA